AUGGGUCGUUCGCGUGCCUUUGGGGUCUCGUCCCGCAAAGAAAGCGCCGGCCAGAAUCACCGUACUUCGUCAGCUUCCUUCACUCUAAACAACCCGCCGUCCCGCGUAGACACGCCGUCCACCGACACUCCGUCGCCUCCGGAUGCGUCGCCUACAGAAAUGAGCGCCAUCAACGAGCGGAGGGCAUCCCGCCCCGGGUCGAUGAUCUUCUCUCACAAUCCCCCAUUGAUGGAGCUGGCGAAUGAUACGCCCCCAGAACUCCAACCUAUCUUCGGUUAUCUCAACAGUCAUGCGAACAAGCUCUACCAUGAAGGUUAUUUCUUGAAGCUCAACGACCUGGAUAUCCAUGGACGGCCCUGCGCUGACCGACAGUGGGUGGAAUGCUAUGCGCAACUGGUUGGAACUGCGCUUUCCUUAUGGGAUGCUGCUGCGCUGGACGCGGCGGGCGAAGAGGCAGAGGUCCCUCCGACUUUUAUCAACCUAGCGGACGCCUCGAUCAAAGUGAUUGAAACCUUGCCCACACGCAACCAGGGCGUGGAGCCACUCAAAAAUGUUCUGAGCAUCUGUUCUGCCGGCCAAAAUCGAUAUCUGCUACACUUCAACUCAUUCCACUCGCUCACGCAAUGGGCCGCGGCCAUUCGUUUGACUCUAUUCGAGCACACCUCUCUGUACGAAGCGUACACCGGGUCGAUCAUUGCAGGAAAGGGAAAGAACCUUAACAAUAUUCGCGCUAUCAUGGAGCGCAGCCGGUUCAAGUAUGAAGACUGGGCACGAGUGAGGUUUGGAGCGGGCACACCGUGGAGACGGUGCUGGUUUGUUAUCACUCCUCCCGAUGAGAAGCAGCUCAAGAAGGCGCAAAAGUCGAUGAAGAACAAAUCUGCCUAUGAUCGAGCGCCCAAGUUGGUCACUGGAAAUAUCAAAUUUUAUGAGACACGGAAAACCAAAAAGGCAAAGCCCAUCGCAACAAUCACCGAUGCCUACAGUGCUUUCGCGAUCUAUCCCGAAUCCCAGGCCCUGAUUGAACAGUCCACAUUGGUGAAGAUUGAGGGACAGAUCACGAUACACUCACAACAGCCGUCAACAUCGGAAGGAUUUGUUUUCGUCAUGCCUGAGGUCCAUCCCGCGAUUCCCGGCUUUGAGAUGAUGCUCCGGUUCCUCAUUCCCACGUUCGACACUUUCAACCUAUAUGGUCGCCCUACUCGCCUGAUCGCUGCUACAAAUCAUAUCAAAAGCAUCAUGUUCGCUUUCCCUACCCAGCGUCGUUAUGGAUACCUGGACAUCAUGGAUAUUGCGAGCCUGAUGCAGUCGCCCAAUAGCCAGAACUGGAGUGAAGCGGAAUGGAGACAGCAGUUGAAGGAGGCAACUGCACGUCGCAUGGCGUCUGGUCGUAGCCGGACCAGCAGUUUGUCGGGAGGAAAGCCUCGCUUCCGGGCGAGCCUGCCAAGUCGGUAUAGCCGAGUCGCCUUUCAGAACAACGAUGUGCUCCCCACCGGUCAGGUUGGGUUCAACCAGUCCACCGAUGCCAUUAUCCACGAAGUGCCCAAGGACGAUUCCCUUUCCUCAACUUAUCAUUCCCGUGGCGCCUCGGAUACUACUGGAUUAUCUCCCAUGAAGAAUGAACCGCAAACCUCCAUUGUGGAGAGCUCCCCUUCAUCUUCUGCUCAGGAAUUGGCACCAUCAGCCACAGAUCGUCCUCGUACGAAGGACUCGAACGAACAGAGCAGCUCUGAUGGUGAAUGGAAACAAUCGGAUGUCCAUACCCACCCUAUCGCACAGCAAUUGCGGUCUCCUUCCCCGCCGUCGCCUGUUACAAUGCCACCCGCCUUCACCCAUGGACCUGGAGAGCUACCAUCGACAAGACCACAGCCUUCACCGGAUUUCACAAAAGCCCGUAACCGGAUGUCUCACGGUACCCUUACGGAGCUGGCUGCUGCAUCUGGGAAGCUGAAUCUAUCUGGUGCUUUCGAAACGCCUGAGCAACGCAGAGCCAAAGAGUUGAAUGGCUCAGCUCCGUAUGAGCUGACCCGGAUCGAUUCUCAUGGCUCGGAGAAGUUGGAGCCCGGUCUCGUCUUUGCCAGCUCGACUGAUAGGACCGCUGCACAUCAAAAUCAAGGGCCCACGCCGCCGGAACAUCGGACCAACGACACAUUUGGAGGACCUUUACCUAAACCAAACAGACAAAGUCUCCAGCUGGACACCAAAGCAGUGAAGCGAAAGCCCCUUCCACACCAACAAUAUCGCGGGAUCGCAAUCACCAGUCCCACGGGGACAGAGCCUAGCUACGAUGACCUUCGCCAUACCGUCGACGAAGACGCUUUGAAUCGUGUUGGGUCCCGUCAUCUCCCUUCUCCUGAUAAAGAAUACCAUCAAGAUGAGGAUAGUGUUUAUGACGACGCCUCUACAACGUCCCCUGAUUAUGCCAGUACUCAUGAGUCGGUCUAUAGCAAACACUCGGCGAAGUCAGUCACUCGACCGCGAAUGGGCGUUAUGAAAACUGUUGGAGAGACUCCCAAGAAGGACCUUGUCAUUGGUGAUGCUCACUACACCUUGGAUCGUCCUUCGGAUGCAAACAUGGAUAUUCCAUCUGUGGAUUUCGGCCCGACGUUGACGUAUUUGCCUACUACUGGUCGUCCGACCACUUCAGACACUCUGAAAAAGGCCAGCCACAAGAACGACUCCAACGCGCUAGAUAAGAAUCGCUCCUCUGUUCCCACUCACCCCAUGGACCGCGCCCAUUCCCGAUCGCCAAACCAGGACGAAUACCGACGAAGCGUGUUGUGGCAGCCGGGUAUGGCUGCUGCUCGCCCGGUGACUCCUGGUGGACUGACUCCCGAACAAUAUGUGCAACAGAGGGCAACCUCCAAUACCCCUAUUGCUAUGCACCACCGGAGCCCGUCUACAACACCCACACUGCCGCCUGCUCGCCCGGUUUCGGGUGAUUGGAUGACCCACUCUCGCUCUGCCUCGCAGAUGACCAUCACUCGCGAUGGCCCCGCGCGACCUCAUUCCCGCGGCGCCAACAGCAUGAUGAGCUACAACGACAUCUCGUCCCAUCUCUCUGCCCGCGAACAGGAGCACGUGGCUCGUGUGACAGGGUCAUCCUUCUUCAAUCUCAGCAAUGAAAACAAGAAGCAUCAGCCUCAAGUCAACCCUAUGGGUUUGGUGGGUGCGAUUGAUGCGCGUGAGCGGGAAAAGAAGAGCAUCAUGGAUGGCAUGUCGAACCAGAUGGUGCAGCAUGCUAUUGCACAGCGACAGCAGCACUGGCAGCAGCAUCAACAGCAGCCGGCUCCCAUCCCUCCAACUCACCAGUACGGAAUCCAAGCUGGUGGACAUCACAGUGUGUACAAUCUCCCUGCGGCGAGCCACACGUGGGACGCUCUCAACCAGGCGUACCGACCUGAGGAGCCACGACGCCAAUCUUGGUAUGGACAGUUUGCAGCACAGCAGCCGCAGACGUAUCAGCAAGGCCCAUAUUUCAACCAACACCCUAGCCACUUCAGCAAUGCUAACGCCAUGCACUACUAA